AUGUCCAUGGACUAUGAUGAUGACUCGAAUGAACCGAGUCAUGAUGUUGAAUCGGUCUUGGAGAGGCUGCCAAGUUUGAGUAGGGAUUUUUGUGACACCGCUUUCACAAGUCAAUACACCGACGGCGGCGGGGCAGCGGAGUCCAUCGUGGAAUUAUGCAGUCACGACCACGAAUUCACUAAAGAAAUCCUUUCCGAGCUAAUCGAGCUACUUCAUCGAGCUUCGGGAACUGAGAAUGCUCGAAAACAAUUCUGGACAACCGCCACCAAGUGUGAUCGGGGCUUCCGAUAUCUACUCGGGCUCGCCUUCGCCGGUAUCGGGGCCGGAGAACGCACUCGCCCGAUCAGUGACCGCAUCAUCGGACUCCUCUGUUUUCAAGCUUAUUUAGCUCUAGCCCGAGUGACAAUACCAGGCGUGAACAUGGUGUUCCCAUCUCUUAUUGAGAAUUCCAUCUCAUUGAUGAGUCUGCCGAAAAGAAGGGAACUCGACAAGAGAAGUUUCGAGAAGAGCGACUUCGACGGCGAAGAUACGGACGAGAUGCAGUAUUCUACCGAAAUCCUCCAUGACCUCAUCAGAGAAGUAAAACAGACCCUGAGAAGCUUGGAAUCCUUCCUCGGAGCGACGAGCUUGAAAGGACAUACAGAUCUCCAAAAUCGUCUCUGUCAUGAGAUGGUAGAAUUGACGCCUUACGAGCCCCUCGCGGAAAAAGCUUUCCGAGUACUCCUCAAACUCGUCAACCCACUCCACGGUAAUCUCGAGGAUCUCGUCCUCCUAUGUUGCCAGAAACUGUUCAAAAACUUGCUCAUGGUCGGUGCCGCCUCCAAGGACCGCGUCGAUAUGGAAACAGUGAUGCUUUGUGACACUACCUGUCGAUUCUUAUUGAAAAUUGGCGGGACUGUCGAUUCAGACGACUACAUUGUGAUAACUGUACAACAAUUGGCUCUCCAUUGUCUGGAAAAGCAUGAUAUUCGUUCACGCACAGCUCAUGUCGCUGUCCAGCUAUUGCUGAGACUAGGAGAAAGUUCCCUGGAUUGGAUUAUCGAUUGGUUCAAUACGCUCAUUGUCUCUGUUCACCCGAAGCACCGCCUAUUCACGUUAGAACUCUUCAGUCAGCUGUGUUCGCUUAAGAUCACUCCGCCGAUUCUACAGAAACAUCUCAGUACUGUGGCUUUGUCUGCUUUGUUGCGGGUCACUGAUCCAUUGUGCACCGUCAAGAGCAAAGCCUUCAAUUUCUUCGCUACAUUCACGAACACACCGAACUGGAUGGAGAAACUCGUCACGAAUGAGUGCACGAAGGAAGACACAAUAUGCGCCCUGCUAGGCAUCCUACAAGAGUGCAUUAACAAUGAGAAGUUCGUUGUGCGCCGGAGCGCUCUCAAUGUUCUCACCAGUAUACUACGAGAUGACGUCUCUUUCAAUAAGAAAACUUAUUUGAAGGAAAUCGUCCAAUGCUGCAGAGACGUCUCGCCUUUCAUUCGCAAGCUGUCAGUGGAUUCCCUCAGUCAGAUUUAUUUGAAAUCUCCUGACUUCCAUGAGGAAUAUAUAGAGGGUAUAUUCCCUCUCACGGCUGAUAACGAGGCGUCCGUGCAGGAGAAAGCUCUGUGCAGUGUCAAGGAAACUGUUUUCAAUGCUAUAGCUACAAAGGGACGAGAGAGGCUGGGCUGGAAAGUCCUGUCAAAUCUGGGCUCAUAUGAUUCGUUCCUCCCGGAAAUCUGUGAAAAGUUCUGCAGGAACGAUGCGAAAUACGGGCUCACACCGCACGAAAUUCGAGCCAUCAAAGACGCAUUGGAUUCCCCGCAUGCGUCGACCGCCUGGAAGGUUCUGUGUUACCUCAGUGAACACACCCAGAUAAAGACAACGAUCGAACGAAUUGAGGCUAGCAAACUAGAUGAGGAAGCCCAAUGUUGUCGACUGAUCAUGUUGGCGAAUCAACGGAAGCUUUCCAGACAGCUCAUAGAAUCGCUGCUGACGAAUCUGACAGAGAACGAAAGAAUCGGAUAUCAGUUCUUGAACGAGAGCUGUACCGUGCUACUGAAAAUGGAUGUUGUAAGCCUGGAGAAGUGGUGUCAGAGCACAUACCCCAUGUGUCUGAAAACGCUGGAGAGAGGGAAGGACGCAGAAGAAGUGAACUUGGCCCUGAUCAAGCUUGGGGAAUGCGUCCUGGUCUUGCAGCAUCUCCCGUCCGCUCGGCUGCUGAAGCGGCUUCGUAAUCUUGUGGAAGACACUACGAAGACGCUUUCAACGAGACGGAUUGCACUGCGUGUCAUAGGUCAGGUGUCGAUCACCUCGGAAGAUAUCGCGAAGUCAUUGAUUCCGACUAUAGCUGCGUGCGUCGAUCAUGCCAAUGACAUCGGGCUCCGAAUCCAUGGCAUCCGGGUCGCGGCCGACCUCACGUGCCGCUACGCAACUUUCUGCGAUAUUCUCCACCCAAUUGUAUUUUGUCUGCUCAAGGAUCCCGAGAGAGAAAUUCGUCGCGCAGCUUUGAUCACCAUAUUCCAACUCAUCAAGGAGGACUACAUCAAAUUGAAGAGUCAUCAGCUUUACCACAUUCUAGAGUGCGUCAGCGAUCAGGAUAAGACCGUCAGAGAUCUGGCCGACGUCGGCUUGCAUCAGUUCGUCUUUAAGAAGCACACGCGGCUUCUCGUACAGAACUUCAUCGACUGUGUAUUUCAUCUCAAUGCUUUCACUGGCCAUUCGAUGUACAAUCAAGAUCACCAAUCGAAACGGGAGCAGAAAACCUUUUCGCUUGCUCAGCAACCCUUGGAGAGACAGACCAUCUAUCGAUUCAUGGCGAAGGAUCUCACUGAAGAACACAAAUACCUCCUCAUACUGAGCAUCGUUACGAACGUCCUUAGACCGAUCGGCGACUAUGAGAGCGACCUACACGUACAAUGCCCGGCCAUCGUGAUGGACUUACUCGAGAUCCUUUGCCUCGAGGAACUCCGGUUACGAUACACCACAGCCAAGGACAACGAGGACGAACUUGUUCCUGAAGAAGAGGACUCUUCAGCACCUGAAACUCAACCCGCUCAGACGACCGGACGAGGGCGGAAGAAAGUUGAGAACAAAAAGUUCGUUCUCACUCCUGCCAAAAUUAAAACACUUGUAGAGACCUUGGUGCCGGCUCUCACGUCAUUAAAAGCGAGGUCCUCAGACAAUGAAGUCGUCGCAACGUCGAUUAUGGCUCUCAUGAAGAUUCUCAAUACGGAAUACAAACAGGAAUUCAACGAAUAUCUCGUCGGCGAUAUAGCUAACAUCAUUAUCGAAGAUUUGAGAAAAUACGAAAUGACCCUCAAGUCUCGCAUGACGGGUGAUGCUCCUAGCACUCCAUCUGAUAAGCGAGGAGGAAUUUCGCGCCAGAUACAACACGAUCUCAUCAAAAGGGUCUUAGAGAGCGCCAGGAAGCAUCAAGGCGUUAGUAAAAACUUCCCGAGCUCAUCACAGAACAACGAAAUUCUGGAGAUCAGUGGGCUAGAGCCGAUCGCGGCAGAUGAUGAUGAUAAUGAUGAUGCUGCCUUCGGGGAAACCUAUGCAGAGGCCGCAUUCGGGGAUCAUCUGCCCGGGCCAAGCGAGAGGGGAAUGCAGAAAAUGGGCGAUAUCACUGGCCUGCAGCAGAUCGUGAUGAGACGGUCUUCCAUGCUGCAAGUCGUCCUCACAAGGAUUGAGGAUGACUCGAACUCCCCGCCGUGAGCAGUUUGCGAUGUCUGCAAUGUCUGCUUCAUGUUCUUCACUGGGGACGGAGAUUGUGGAUGGGACUAUUACGGGGGUCUGCAAGUCUAGAAAGUACCCUCACUUUCCUGGAUGAACUCCGCAAAUUUCACGGAAUGUCUCCGCGUAUGUUUUCACGAGAAGAUCCGAAGAUUCUUGUGCCGCAUCGAUCAUGGAUUCGACCCUCUUCGAAUCUCGGAUCGUCCGGACUCGAGUUAACUCUCUCGAGCCUGCAUUGGGGCUCCAUCGGAAUCGACGCACAUUGAUCGACGCGAAUCUGAGAUCGCUUCUGCGAGCACCUGAAGGGUGACGUGCAUGCGGUCGUUACGGCACCGAGAGCCAUGAAUUGCAGGCUGGAGAUCCUUUCUCAGGCUUUCUCGAAACCCUUCGUUGAUGCUUCUGACGGUUUUCACCCUGAAAUUUUCUUAUUGUUGAGCUCUGCUUAUACCGCCAACGGCUAGGAUGGAAGAUAAGGUCUCAUAGACGAUUUCGUUCCCAGCCGUCGGGCCAACAAAAUAUUCAGAGGACACAUGACGGUCGAUUUCCCUCACGAG